CCGCGCGACCACCUGGCUCGCCAUGCACGGCUCCCCCGCCAUCCCCGAGGAGCUGGCCGCCCUCCUGGCAGAUGUGGAUGCAUUUAUAUCGGAUAUCCUAAAAGGAGAAAAUUUAUCCAAAAGAGCAAAGGAAAAGAGGGAUGCCCUGAUUAAGAAGAUAAAAGACAUCAAGUCCAACUACCCUCAGGAACUUCCAGAAAGAGGAGAAUUAGAAGAUGGGGAAGAACAGGAAGGUCCCUUGCCUGUGCCUCCUGACAACCUAUCUGACCGGUAUGAUAAAGACGAUGACGGCCCGUCUGAUGGGACUCAGUUUCUUCCUGUGGCCGCCCAAGACCUUCAGUUUGUGUUAAAAUCUGGAUACCUGGAAAAACGCAGAAAAGACCACAGCUUUCUUGGCUUUGAGUGGCAAAAACGGUGGUGUGCUCUGAGUCGGACGGUCUUCUACUACUAUGGAAGUGACAAAGACAAACAACAGAAAGGUGAAUUUGCUAUAGAUGGCUACACCGUCAGAAUGAAUAAUACCCUUCGGAAGGAUGGGAAGAAAGAUUGCUGUUUUGAAAUCGCUGCACCUGAUAAACGCAUUUAUCAGUUUACAGCUGCCACUCCCAAAGAAGCUGAGGAAUGGGUGCAGAGCCUCAAGUUUGUAUUACAAGACAUGGAAUCUGAAGUUAUUCCGGAGGAGGAUGAAGAAUAUGAUGACGUUGGGGAAAGUGAUGGAAGUUCACCACAAGUGAGCACACAGCCAAUAGAUGAUGACAUUUACGAAGAACUUCCAGAAGAAGAAGAAGCCAAAGUGCCAGUGAAGAGUGAAGAACGAAAGAAAUUGAGCCAGGAGAAUGUUGCCCCUGUUUCAGGCAAUAAAAACACAGAUUAUGCUAAUUUCUACCAAGGUAUGUGGGACUGCGCCGGAGAUGUUCCUGAUGAACUGACAUUCAAACGUGGUGACGUUAUCUACAUUCUCAGCAAGGAGUACAAUAGAUUUGGCUGGUGGGUAGGAGAAAUGAAAGGAACCAUUGGCUUGGUGCCUAAAGCCUACAUAAUGGAGAUGUAUGAUAUUUGAGAGGUCCGGGUACCUUCUGUGAAUCAAAGACUAACAUAGAGCUUCCAAGCAGAUGCCAACGCAAAGUAUCUCCAGUGCUAGCUUGCAGGUGCAUAGGUUUUAGGAAG